AUGGCGCAAGAUGUCUCACAGACAGCAUCCAACAAUAUACAAUCUUCAUCGGCGACACCUACGACCUCGGAAGCAGUAGCAUCGUCGACUGCAACACCAACAUCGUCGGGUGAACCAACAAUCCACUCAAUCAAAGCUGGCGCCGGAGGCUUCAAAUUUACACCGCAAGAACUUCACAAUGUCUCCGUGGGCGACAUCAUUCAAUGGGAGUUUUAUCCACCGGAUCAUUCAGUUGCGAGAGCUGAGUUUGGAUCAGCCUGCGUACCGUAUGAGUAUACGGGAAAAGACAAAGUAGGGUUCUGGUCUGAGACCCAAUGGGUGAACAAUACGAAUGAGCUCACAUACUUCAAUGUUACGAUCAACUCGACAGAACCCAUCUUCUUCUAUUGUGCAGCACCGAACUCGUGUCUGGGCGAACACAUGGUUGGAGUCAUCAACCCGAACUCUACGCAAACACUGGCAUCGCAAGUCCAAGCGGCUGCCGCAGCAGACUUUCAACUAGCGCCUGGCGAACCAGUUCCUGGUGAGGCAACAUCGACGCUGUCUAAUGCUCCUACGUCAACGGGGGCACCGCCACCAUCUAACGGGGGAGGUCAUGGCGGCGGUCAUAGCCUGUCCACUGGUGCCAUCGUUGGCAUAGUACUUGGUGGCGUGGCUUUCCUGGCAAUCUGUGCCGCUCUCUUCUUCUUUGUAGGCCGAUCCAAGUCGUUGAAGGAGGUUAUCAAACAGCGAGAUGGUACGAAUACCCACGAUCCAAACAUGAGCCAACAGUACGGUCGCUCGGACUACGGUCAUGGAGGACUCUCAUCGCCAGGGUUUCAAUCGCCAGCUCCUGGCUAUGCUACUCCACCGCCAGGACACUACCCAGACUAUGGCUUCAACUCGCCCCCAGGAUACGGUCAGCACAAUAUGAACGGGCAACCUGCCGUAGCAGAGUUGCACAGUCCACCGCUGGAGCAACAGUCUUUCUCGGCAGAGUUGGACGCAUCUGGACGCAAUAAGCCAAAAUGA